AUGGAAAGGAAAAAAGAAGUUUUAGAAUCGGAUAAAAGACUUUUACAAUUUCGUACCUACGAUGAAUAUUUAGAUUCUCUCGUAAGCAAAGUUGAUGUUUGUUAUUUUAAAAAUUACAUGACGGCAAGAAAAAUUGCCGAAUUGGGUUACAGAUGUUCUGGAGACAUGUUAACGAAAGAAGAAUUUUACCGGAAAUUGGCAGAUGUUACCGAGGCUGUUUUCCCUAGCAAAAAACCCUACGAAUUAAGUAGCAUCGGUAUAGAUUUUCACGAUGUUAUGUAUAACGAAUUAGCCAAUAGAGAAUCCGGAAAUAGAACGGGUUUGCUAUCAACAAUUAUUUAUAUAAGAUACAUAACAAAAGACGGACACGAAAUUUCCGGUUACAUAGAUUACGCCGAUAGAUUAUUAAAUGAAAAUUGGACGCCAUUUUUUCUCGGAAAAGCAAAAUUAAGACUUCGUAUGACGGAUUUGAGUUUUUUUAAUUGGAGAGCUAAAAAAGCAAUUUAUAACGAUUCACCUAAUUAUUGGGUGAUAUUCGAUCCUGUUAAAGGUUUAUUAUUUCAACAUAAAAACGAUAGAAAAAUUGUACACGUGGAUCCGUCAUUAUCAAGUCCUGGACAAAGCAGUUUUAGAGAAAGAAUAUUUACAACACUUUUCGAUCAUUUUAUUUUAUACGAUCAUUAUGUUAGAAAACAAAGUUGA